AUGCCGCCGUACAGGGACAUCUAUGCCAACAGCAAGAAGUACGCCACCCUCAUGCAGCCAGUCAGCGACGCCAUUCACCAGUUCGAGGGCGACAGGCCGUCCAUUGGACAGGUUCUGAAGGUGCAGCGCGCUCUGGACGCGCACUUCGCGGAGUUUGACAAGCAAAACCCCGACAUGAUGGUGAAGCCGCGGGGCAACAAGGAGGCUGUGGGUGUGCAGAGCGUGUACGAGCAGCGGCGUGGGAGCACUCUGUCCAACGCGCUUGUCCCGCUCGCCCACGCCCUCGACCCCAUCAACUUCGUUCAGCUGAAUGGCGGGGACAACUGGUUUCCGCCGUUCCACGAGCUCAGCAAGGAGGAGCGGAAGGACGCCCGUAAGCUGGCGGCUGAGGUGUAUGCGGGCAACGGUGAGGGUGCAACGGAAGAGGACCGGCGGGCGGACAAGGAGAUGCUUUCUGAGUGGGGCACGCUCGCCCUAAUGGGCGUCCCCGACGACUGCAAGGAGCACAUGGAGGUGCUGACCGCGCGCAAGACUGUGGAGAGCAAGGCCGGCAAUUCCACCACAGUGUCAGUGCAGAUCGCGGGCAUUGAAGCGCGGCUAAUGUUCUGGUCGCAGCACAUGUCCGUGCAGUACCCAGCACUGGCGAACGUGGCGGACCGUGUACUGCGCAUGCACACGACCACCUGCGCUGCUGAGCGCAACUGGUCGCUGUGGGGCAACAUUUUCAGCAAGGCUCGCAACCGCCUGGCGCAGGAGCGGGCGGAGAAGCUCAUCUACAUUCGCCAGAACGACGACUCCAACAAGGGCAAGGGCAGCCGCCUGUCGGACGAGGAGGUGGUGAUGACUCUGCUGGCUGCAGAGGAUGAGAAGAGCGCGCGUGUGUAA